AUGGCCCCCAGUCUCCCAAAAACAUGGAAACGUGGAAGGGAGUCAUCAAUAGCCCAGUUUCGUCAGCGAGAAGCCGAAAGGUCGCCACGUUCCAUUUUUCCAAGUGACCGACCCGAACUUGACCCAAAGACAACGACGCGCGGCACCGGUGAAUUCGCCCGUAGCGACCGAGACCCCGCACGAUCGGUUCUCCGAGAACCGGAUAUACCGAUCACUUCGGCGCCUUGCGGACCCUCGGCGCCAACACCGAUCGAUCCGGAUUUUUUUCGGCCCAACAAAAACGUCGAGAUCGCGGCUGGGCGGGACACCCGGGCUUUGGUCGAGGCUGACGCGCGGAUCCCGGAGGAAUUCGUCGGUAACAACGCGAUGACGACGUCGGAGGGGCUAGUCAAGCCCAUGGGCGGCGCUAAAAUAUCCAAGCAGCAGGUUCGGGACGCCGUCGAGCUGAUCCUAGCCUACGCCGGCAACGACCCGACCGCGGCGAUGGUUGAGAUGGGUGAGAUGGUGUCCAUGAAGUUCAAGGGAGAGUAUCCCAGCGUCGAUCUGCUCUGCAGGCGGACGAUCCAGAGGUGCAAGGACGACGCCGCUGAGAGCAAGGAGAGGAAACUGGCGGAGGCCAAGAGGGCUACGGACGCGACGCUCGAGCGCGUGGGCUCCCUGCGGAUCGGCGGGUCCGCGUCCAAGGAUACGGUCAAGUCGCCCGCCAGGGUGAAGCCCCGGCUGUCCGCCGAGGACCAGGAGGGGGACGAUCGACCGGUCACCGCGGAUAGCGCGUUGUCAUUGGACUCGGAGAGGAGGCCGGACAGCUCCACCUCCUCUCGGGCCAGUCAAGGCAGGAGCCCGCGGGGGUUGAGACCCACGCGGAGCCUCGACGACGAUAACAUGAGGCAGUGGCUCGCAAACAAGAAGCUGAAGGAGGAGGAGAGGUCGAAGCUCAAGAAGGCGAGCUCGCAGAAGGACCUGAGGUGGAUGAAGCAGCUCUCCGCGAAGCAGCUCGUGCGCAACAAGUCGCUCCGCAAGGAGGAGGAGGAGGAGGCGGCGAAGGCUAAGAUCGCGGCGAUGGGCGGGAGGGACCCAGCAGCGGAGCGAGAGGCCGCGCUGGAGGCCCUGGCCAAGCAGGAGGAGGCCGAAAGAUCCAGGGCGAACAGCCCCGCGGAAAGGCCCCCAACCGUGGAGGAGGCGGCUGCGAGGCUCUUUGGCGACCUCUGA